UCUAAAUGGAAGAAGAAGGGUCCAGCUACAACUUAUCUGGAGAGCCGGGGAAUAUAAACACAACUAGUCUAAAAGAAAGAAUCGCCCAAAAGAAAAGAGCAAUGGAAGAAUCUACUCCGAAAGAGGUUGACCCGAACAACUGUGCUAUCCAUAACAAAAAACUUGAAGUUAUUUGCUACGAUUGUAGGAUUAGGAUCUGUCCAAACUGAGCUCUAUUUGGAGGGCACAGAAGUCAUGAUAUCAGGGAGGAGCAUGAGCUCCUCCAGGAGAUCACUCUCCGGGCUGAGCUUCUCCUUGAUAUCUACCAGCUGAUAGAACAGAAUAAGAGCAACAUGGGCGACCAAGCUGAGGUAGAUGAUCUAUAUAAUCAAUUCAUAAUGAAACAAAUCUCUCUUAAAAAGGAUGUUGCUAACAAAUUCAAGGAGAUCAACAAUGAGCUCCUCAGAAAAGAAAAAGCCAUCAUGAACAUUCUUGAGAGAAAUUUCGACUCGAUUGAGAAAACUUUUGGAGAGAUUAAAAAUGGUCCCAAGAAAGUCGUAGAAAUCGCAGAUAAAUGGUGAGAGGAGGUUCAAGAAAAGAUGGAAAAAUUUGAAAGCCAAACAGAGCAAAAUACAAGUGAUCAAGAAUACAUUGCAUUUGAGAUGCUCGAAGAUGUCGACCAGGAGAAUGAUAUUAUUAGAGUUGGGGAGAAGGUCCUAGCAGACUUAGAUAAACAAAUCCAACCUCCCAUUCCUCAGCUAGAAGACAAACUUAGAAGAUUGAUUGUUCAGUUUGAUGAACAUUUUAUCAACAAAUUGGAGAUGGUAUGACAUGUGCCUGAUCUCUCGAAAGAAGAUGGAGAGCCUUACGUUUCUCCACCUCCAUCAGAUGAUAUCAAAUCUUUUGAGAAAAGAAUUCAAAAUAAACCCGAACCAAUGGUGAAGACAUUGCCAGGCCCUCUUCUGAAAAAGAAAGAGUCUGCUGAAAAUAACUUAUUAGAUGAGGACGAUGAUAACCUUUUGACGACCUUUGAUAUGAGCGAGAAGAUAGAAUCAGAUAAUUCACUUCUUCCUAACAAGCAUGAUGAUAGCAUGAAUUUCUUAGAUGACAUUCCUGAUCCAAUAAGCGAUAGCCGUCCACAAGAUGUUGAGCCAGGAGACACAGAUGCAGCUUACGACAUAAUCUCUGAAGUAUUAGAGAACCAAAAAGGGACACUAGAUCUCUCCAACAGAAGACUUGGGGAUGACUUUUUCAUCUCUAUGAUCGAAAGCAUCAUUGAUUUCGCCGAUGGGGAACCUCUAAGUGUGAUUAACUUGAACUUCUCAAACAACGAUAUCUCUGAUAUCGGUUGUGAGAAGAUCUGUGAGUUUCUCAUAAUCCACAGUGAUUCAGUAGCUGCACAUAUCUCAAACGUGAAUCUCAGUUGCAAUAAUGUUGGAGAUAAAUCAGUAGCAAUCUUGGAGACCCUUUGUGCUGAGCAUCCGAACCUGCAGGUGCUGAAUCUGAGCAACUGUUGUAAGCUUAGCUCGGCUAAAACCCAGAGCAAGUUUGGGACACUCCAGAAUGUUAAUGUCAUUUUGUAGGGUAAAUUGCUUAAUGCUAAAUUUCAAAAAAAU